GUUCAAAAUCAACUCUCUCUGUCUGAAGACCUUCUUUCUGUCUCUAUCUUCGCCUCUUUCCGAGUUUCCGUAUUGCAAAUACUCAUUUUAUCUUCAUAAUUACUGGGUAUUAAUAACUUUUCAAAGUGUCGGAUUGUAUGUUCUGCUCGUGCAGUUGGCUCUGAUUCAAGGUUGAGUACGAUCGCUCAACUGGGAAGUUAAAAGUGAUGGGUAUAUACCUUAGUUCUCCAAAAACAGAGAAGUUCUCAGAGAAUGGUGAGAAUACAAGGCUUAGAUAUGGUUUAUCAUCCAUGCAAGGAUGGCGUGCAACAAUGGAAGAUGCGCAUGCGGCGAUCCUUGACUUGGACACUACCACUUCCUAUUUUGGCGUUUAUGAUGGUCAUGGAGGGAAGGUUGUGGCUAAAUUCUGUGCCAAGUAUCUUCAUCAACAAGUGCUUAAACAUGAAGCUUAUCUGGCUGGUGAUAUUGCAACUUCUGUGCAGAAGGCCUUUUUUAGAAUGGAUGAGAUGAUGCGCGGACAGAGAGGCUGGAGGGAGCUUGCUGUUCUGGGGGAUAAAUUGAACAAGUUCACUGGUAUGAUAGAAGGUCUGAUAUGGUCUCCAAGAAAUUCUGAUGGAAAUGAUCAAGUUGAUGAUUGGGCAUUUGAGGAGGGGCCCCACUCUGAUUUUUCUGGACCGACUUCUGGAAGCACAGCUUGUGUUGCAAUCAUUAGAGGCAACCAUCUUGUUGUUGCAAAUGCUGGUGAUUCUCGCUGUGUAAUAUCAAGAAAGGGUCAGGCAUACAAUCUGUCAAGGGACCAUAAACCUGAUCUUGAGGUGGAAAGAGAACGAAUUCUAAAAGCCGGCGGUUUCAUUCAUAAUGGACGAGUGAAUGGCAGUCUAAACCUUGCAAGAGCUAUAGGAGAUAUGGAAUUCAAGCAGAAUAAAUUUUUGCCAGCUGAGAGGCAAAUAGUAACUGCCAGUCCAGAUAUAAAUACAGUUGAGCUAUGCGAGGAUGAUGAUUUUAUUGUGCUAGCUUGUGAUGGCAUAUGGGAUUGUAUGUCAAGCCAGCAAUUGGUUGAUUUUAUACAUGAGCAGCUGCACUCUGAAAGCAAGCUUUCCACAGUAUGUGAAAGAGUUCUUGAUAGAUGUUUGGCGCCAUCCACUGCUGGAGGUGAGGGAUGUGACAACAUGACUAUGCUACUGGUACAAUUUAAGAAACCAAUUUACUCGGGGUCCUGUGAGUUGCCUGAACCUGCUGAAUUGUCUCCCCCUUCUGAUGAUAAGUUGCCUAUAGUGGAUGAGAAAUCUCAUGCUUCCAGUGAGGUUGAAGCUGAACCAAAACCAAAACCAAAACCAGUUGAGUGUGGAUCAAGUUCAUGACUGGUAUCUAUGCUUUUUAAGCCAUAUUUUUGGAAUUUUAAUCUGCCAAUAUGUGUGAAGGCUUACAGCAUCUACUACUAAAUGCACUGUACACUUAUAGUGAUGCUUUUUUUUUGUGACUGCACUGUACUGCACUGGAACAAUUGAAAUGGCAUGUAUAGAGUUUACCCCAGGUUUGACAAUCGUACAGCUCCGACUCAAAACUGCAAAGGAGUCAUCAUCUGUUCUUUUUUUUUUUUUUUUUUUUUUUUUUUUUGUUUAUUUUAAUGUUUUUUUUUUCGUGUGUAAUUUUUACUGAUACGGAGUAUCUUCAAAGUUGCCAAACUUGCAUUAGU